AUGACGUCGCUGAAUCAUUUGAUGCACCCGCGUAAUCCCUACAAAUUUGCACCGCCCGACUUUACUCAACUUGCCGCUGCUUAUCCGGAACUUCGGAAACACUGUAUUUACAAAAAUAAUCGGGUUGCUAUCAAUUUUCGAAGCGAUGAUGCCGUUCGUGAGCUAACACGGGCCAUUUUACACAAAGAUUUUGGUUUAAAUGUCUCUCUUCCAAAGGGUUCUCUUGUUCCACGGGUGCCACAAAAGCUUAAUUAUUUGCUAUGGGUCGAGGAUAUUUUGCUGUUGAAUAAUAUCGAGGAUGACGUUUGUGCUAUCGAUAUUGGAACUGGAGCAUCGUGCAUCUAUUCGUUACUAGGAGCUACUCUAAAAAAGUGGAAAUUCAUUGGAAGCGAUGUGGAUAAAAGCAGUCUAAAGUCUGCGAGCGAAAAUGUUGAAAACAACAACUUGAGCUCGUUUAUUAGUUUGUUUCAUGUUCGAAAGGAUGAUAUGCUAUUGGAUUUGGUGCACGAAAAUUCGGAAGUUCAGUUUACAUUCUGUAUGUGCAAUCCACCGUUUUUUGAAGGAACAGAGGCUGAUCAGCGUUUUCAAUUUUCAUCUACUGAUGGUGGUUAUGCAAAUAAUGCCUCGUCUGAAAAUGUUCAAGGAAAUGAUGAUCGAUCAAAUAACAAACAUGGACCUCCGGGACGACCAAAUUCAAAAACCGUUGCAAAAUCUAAUGAACUGAGCAUUGAGGGAGGUGAAGUGGCAUUUGUCAAUCGGAUUAUUGAUGACAGCACUUGGUUGCAGAAAUCUAUCAAAAUGUUUAGGUUUUAUACUACGAUGUUGGGAAAAAAGACAUCUUUGUCAGCAAUCAGUCAUCGUUUAUCAGAAAUCCGAGAUAUUUGUUUCAAUUUUGCAUCGCUAAAUCAGGGAAAAACAAAAAGAUGGGUUGUCGUAUGGAGCUACCAACAAGAUCUCUUUAUUCAUGAUGAUACUCAAAAUGACAAUGAUUUUAUUUUUCAAUUACCGGGAGUCUUUUCAUCAACGAAAGAAACUUCAUUGGGUUGGAUAGAAAAUCAAUUGAAGCAACGUAAAAUUGAGAUCUUUCACAAAGGAUCACAUUUUUUGAGAUGUGAGGCUUUUCGUUAUACGUGGAACAAAUCAUUCCUAAAGAGAGAGGCAUAUGAACAAGCAAAUGCUGAAAACAUUGACUCCAAAUUCGAUGACGAGCCCCCGACUAAAAGAGCGAGGACUCUUAUGGUUGAUGCGAGCGUCAAUGUGAAGUUGGGAUCUUUUGAAGGCAAAGAUUCACUUACUGAUCACGGAAAUUUUGUUGACUGUACGAGGACUCAAGUUCAGGGCAGCCCUGAGAAGGCUAACUGUGAAGCAUGGUUUCCAACCGAAUUGAGGCCAAUUGUUCGGUUCACGGUGUAUCAAUCUCCGUCUUCAAAGACGAAAUUUUUCUUUAUGUUCGAAGAAGGAGCGAAAGAUCGACUUGGACACCUCGUAACUUUUCUACACAACACCGCUCGUCAACAUUUAUCUAAAUUGGCG